CGUAGGGCCAAUCAGAGGCGGCGUUGCCUCUGUGGGUCCACGUCGGCACCAGCUGCGGGGCAAGAUGGAGGCGCUGAUUUUGGAACCCUCCCUGUAUACUGUCAAAGCCAUCCUGAUUCUGGACAAUGAUGGAGAUCGACUUUUUGCCAAGUACUAUGACGACACCUACCCCAGUGUCAAGGAGCAAAAGGCCUUUGAGAAGAACAUUUUCAACAAGACCCAUCGGACUGACAGUGAAAUUGCCCUCUUGGAAGGCCUGACAGUGGUAUACAAAAGCAGUAUUGAUCUCUAUUUCUAUGUGAUCGGCAGCUCCUAUGAAAAUGAGCUGAUGCUCAUGACUGUUCUGAACUGCCUCUUCGACUCAUUGAGCCAGAUGCUGAGGAAAAAUGUAGAAAAGCGAGCUCUGCUGGAGAACAUGGAGGGGCUCUUCUUGGCUGUGGACGAAAUCGUAGAUGGAGGGGUGAUCCUAGAAAGCGAUCCCCAGCAAGUGGUACACCGGGUAGCAUUAAGGGGAGAAGAUGUACCCCUUACGGAGCAGACCGUGUCUCAGGUGCUACAGUCAGCCAAAGAACAGAUCAAGUGGUCCCUCCUUCGGUGAAGACCCCACUGUUCCUGGCUCCUCACCCCCUCAAAAAAUCCACGUCGGCUGUGACUUGUCAUGCAGUCCCCCAAAUGAUGCUGUCAGGGUCAUCUUGGGGAUCACAGGGAUCCUUAAAUCUCCAUCCUGUCUGUUGUUGCCUCCUCAUUCCCACCCCAAACCCAUGUACACUUCCCGUUCCUUCUCCCUCCUUUUGGCAGUUCUGGGGGUCAGUCGGGCUCUCAGUGGAUUUGGACAUGGGCAGGGGCAGCACCGUCUUCCUUUCUCCCCUGGAUUAGGCCCCCCUGUAUUUUCUCCUCCAUUUCUGUGCCCUUUGCUGCAGCUACGCUUCAAAGCAGGAGAAAGAAUGUGCUGAGUGUUUUCCUCCCUUUGCCUUUAUCCCAACAGCCCAUAUGUCCGGCAAGGGGAAGGAAAGGGAAUCCUUUUCUAUAGAAUGAGUGAGGGUGGGGAGAGGCAUAUCACGUCUCUGCCACAGCCUGGCUGGGCUUGGUAUUUUCUCCCAUUUCUUCUCACUGCCCAGGUCUUCAGCCUUGGGAGAAAAGACUGGGAACAACUCAUAGGGACAGUGUGGAAGAAGCAGUGAUUUAAAUUUUAUUGGAGAGGGCCUAUAAAAUUCUUUAUUUUAAACACAGCUGAGUUUUUUUUUUAACCCCGAUCCUGGCUUGUAACUUCAAGACUGCUGUGGUCUGUGAGUGUCCGUUGUGGGAGGGUCUGUCUCUUGGGCCAGUACCUUAACUCUCCACCUUCACUCCCCGUGGGAUCUCCGCCUGGCUUGUCCUCUCUGUGCCUUGGAGCAAAGCCAGUCCCUGAACUAAAACUCCAUUCUAGUCUUGGGAAGGAGAGUUUCUGCUCAGAACAGGGACAGGGUGGAAUUUAUGACUUGGGCCUCUGGGCUCUCUCAGCCCCUUCUCUCCCCCACAUGCAUUUCACUACUCUGCCUUGGGUCUGCAGUCUGUGUCUGCUGCUUAACCCUGUCCUCUCUCUGCCUCAGCCUUACAUCCAGGCAGUAGGUCUGGGGCGCCUCCCCUCCCUUGGUCACUGAGAGGCACCUUUCUUCAGAAAACCUUGGGGAUUUGGAUUCCCCCAGGAAGACAGAGGAAGGAACAGCCACUGUUUCGUCUCAUCUCUCCCCGAUCCAAAACUUCCCACAAAAAACAUCUCAAGAAAUCUUCCUGAGACUUUGAGUUCUGCCCCACCGACUAACUGCCAAUUCUCCAAGAGUGUGGGCGGAUAACUGGGCAUCCAUCCGUGAGGGGGCAUUUCUGUGUAAGAGAUAUGUGGAGUCAGGAUGGUAGCCACCUUCAUAUUCUGCUCUGUGCAAAGAGGAAUAAAACAUUUCUUUUUCCAAA